GGGCGGGCGGGGGAGCGGCGGCGGCGGCGGGCGGGAGCCGCGCUCGCUCCAGCUGUUUCCCGCCUUGGGCCGCGGGCAGAGGCCGGAGCCGGGCCGGGAGGGGCUGAACCGGGCCGGGACGAGCCGGGCUGGGCUGAACCGGGCCCCCCGCCCCCGUUAUGGAGUACUUCAUGGUGCCGGCCCCCAAGGUGCCGGCCCUGCAGCACUUCAGGAAAUCCGAGAAGGAGGUCAUCGGCGGGCUCUGCAGCUUGGCCAACAUCCCGCUGACUCCGGAGACCCAGCGGGACCAGGAGCGGCGGAUACGCAGGGAAAUCGCCAACAGCAACGAGAGGCGGCGGAUGCAGAGCAUCAAUGCUGGCUUCCAGUCCCUGAAAACCCUCAUCCCACACACGGAUGGGGAGAAGCUCAGCAAGGCAGCCAUCCUCCAGCAGACGGCCGAGUACAUCUUCUCCCUGGAGCAGGAAAAGACUCGGCUACUGCAGCAGAACACCCAGCUCAAGCGCUUCAUCCAGGAAUUCAGUGGCUCCUCCCCGAAACGGCGGCGGGCAGAGGACAAGGACGAGGGGAUUGGCUCGCCGGACAUCUGGGAGGAUGAGAAGGCCGAGGAUCUGCGCCGGGAGAUGAUCGAGCUCCGGCAGCAGCUGGACAAGGAGCGCUCGGUCCGCAUGAUGCUGGAGGAGCAGGUUCGCUCCCUGGAGGCCCACAUGUACCCCGAGAAGCUGAAGGUGAUUGCUCAGCAGGUGCAGCUCCAGCAGCAGCAGGAGCAGGUGAGGUUGCUGCACCAGGAGAAGCUCGAGCGCGAGCAGCAGAUCCGAACGCAGCUCCUGCCAUCACAUGCUCCCCCAGCGCCCACCCACCACCCCACCGUGAUCGUUCCAGCGCCGCCUCCCUCCCAUCAUGUCACCGUGGUCACCAUGGGCCCGUCCUCGGUCAUCAACACCGUCUCCACGUCCCGGCAAAACCUGGACACCAUCGUUCAGGCGAUCCAGCACAUUGAGGGGACACAGGAGAAGCAGCUGCAGGAAGAGGAGCAGAGACGCGCUGUCAUUGUCACGCCGGCGCGCGCCUGCCCCGAGCCCUCCGCCUCCGACACCGCCUCCGACACCGAGGGCAACGACAGUGACUCCAUGGACCAGAGCAAAGAGGAGCCCUCGGGGGACGGGGAGCUGCCCUGACACCCCCUGGCCACAGCCGGGGAGGGGAGCAGGGGCGGGGGGGGAAACGUCAGAGAAUAUGCUGAAAUUUUUAAAAAAUACAACGCGAUUUGGGUCUCUUUUAUGACCUUUUUCCAAUACUGUAAAGCAGAGCGUUAGAGGCAGGAAAGGGCACUC